AUAAAGUCCUCCCCUACUUGGCUUGUUCGGUUUUGAGGGCGGUGUAAAUGUGAAAACCCUUCCUUGAGGCCAAGCAUGGCGCUAUAGCAGGAUGUAUUCUCAUACUACCUUAGACAUUGUGAUGUUCCAUCAACUACUGAAUGGCUCGAGCUGGGAUCAGAUAGAGAUAUAUCUAUGGGGAGAUGUAGCUGACUUUUUCGAUUUCAUCUAGGCAGCUGUCGUCUAUCAGCAUAGACAUUUCCUCCUCUCAGGUCUAUUCUAUGACAUGUAUUACCUCGGAGGGAGGGUAACUGAGUGGGAACUUGGCCCAAAUUGGAGGAGGGUCCCUUAUGAUGUCCCAUAUUUCAUGUUGUCCACCAGGUCCAUUCGGCUGGACCAGGGCAUUACAGCUGCUCGAAGAGGGUUUGCUGCCAUAGAUCACCUGGUAGUUUUUAUGCCUGGCGCUUAUGCUGUAUUUGUGCGGACACAACUCCUAGUCCACAUCCCUCGUCUGAUUAAGUUUGAUCCUUUUGCUGAGGCGGAGGAGUUGGAUAUAGGCCAGGGCGCUGCUCCAGUCAGCAGCAGCAGUAGCUCGGCAAGCACGAGGAGAGGUUUUGAGCCUAGAGCUCUAGAUAUGACUGUUGUUAUCGGUAUGCCAGAGCACGGGCCAGGGCCUCUUUCUCCUUUAUUCUGGACUGUAUAGGUCAAACUGUACAGGGCAUGCUAGAGACACAUCUCGUGAGUUCGUACCGGAUAUCACU